CCGAGUCCCGUCGUGUAGCUUUGGGUUCUCUCUGGCUUUCUCUGGGGGUUCCGGGAACGAGCUCUGCCCGGGAAACGCCGCGAUUGUGAGGUGCGCCUCUUGAACUAACGAGCAGCGCAGGACACGUCCUCGCCACCAUGACGGACCGGUACACCAUCCACAGCCAGCUGGAGCAUCUGCAGUCUAAGUACAUUGGCACAGGCCACGCUGACACCACCAAGUGGGAAUGGCUGGUGAACCAGCACCGCGACUCGUACUGCUCCUACAUGGGCCACUUCGACCUCCUCAACUACUUUGCCAUCGCAGAGAACGAGAGCAAAGCGCGCGUGCGCUUCAACCUGAUGGAGAAGAUGCUGCAGCCGUGUGGUCCUCCGGCUGACAAGCCCGAGGAGAACUGAACCCCCGGGGUCCUCCCAACCCCUUCUGGCUAAGCCCCUUUCUCAGACGUCGGCCCUUUCUGGUUUCCUGCUUCGCGAGGACCAAGCCCCACUAGACCUGCGCUGAUCUCUGUUCUACGACAAAAGGCAGCGUCGUCCUGCUGCUGCCACGGUUCCUCUGCCGGAUCCAUUUGGUUGUUAAGAGCCCAGGGACUGUGCUUAUGGGGUGUCCUCAAUGCUGGCGAAUGCCCGGACAACGACUCUGGAGAGGGAGAUUCAUUUGAAAACUUGUGUUUAGAUUUUGGUGUGUUUUUCAUUCCCUCAUAAAGUUGAAAUUUUAUUGAGCAA